AUGUUGGUCGGGUACAAGUGCCAUAAGGGAGACUGCAGGUCAGCCGUGUCUUCAGGGAGCUUGGUGGCGAAUAUUCUCCUCAAUGGCAGCGUGUUACUACAGUGGAGUCAAGAGGUCCAACGGUCACCAGACUGGACGAGAGCUUUUGGCACAAACUCGUCGAGUGUUUUCGGUGGCCGGCGACACAGACGCGGAGGUUACGAGUUGAGCUGCUGGUGGAACGGCAGCUACACUCAGUUCGAGUGCGCCGGGGUCAAUCUCGGUUCUGGAUGCGGGGACUUCAUGUUAAGCGAGCUGCACGAGAACAUUCCUUACCGCAUCUGCCUGCGCUCCCAGACAGCGGAGCACAAAGACUGCGUGGAGUUUAUCCUGCCGCCUUCUGGGAUGCAGGACAUCGUGAUCGCCAUGACGACAGUCGGAGGGGCCAUUUGCGUGAUGUUGGUCAUCAUCUGCUUACUGGUGGCAUAUAUUACAGAAAACAUCAUGAGCCCGGCAACGCAGCACACGUACUCUUACCGCACUCACUCGCGCCACUGA